AUGUCAGUUAUGUCUCUGCCGCAAAGCAACGCCGCUGGAGGGAUUCACGGGCUCCUCUUGAAACUCCACGAAUCACUCACAGAAGUCGAUAGUCGUCGUGCGUCUCUGAGAUGUCAGGAUCUUGUGGGAGACUUGGGGCAGACAUGCAUGCUAACACCCACCGACAAUGAACUCGCCUUACAGACAUCCUUGCUGUUUUCAAAAGACUAUGGGCUGCUCAUCUUCCUGAAGAAGUCAUUACCACAAGAUGAGCUUCGGGAGGCUCGAGUUAAGACUUUGUGUUUUUUGGAGAAGUUUUUGGACAAACUCUCUCCAAGGGUCAAAGGGUGGGAGAAGACGUACGCCGUUGAAAUAAGAGACACAUGUAUGAUGGUGUAUACAAAGGAAAAAGCAGCUAAAACUAGGACUGCUGUACUGGAGCUGCUUAUUAAGGUUCUCCUCACAACAAAAUCUUCCACUGUGGCAGCCGAGUUGAGAAUUGGUGACAUCUUCACAAAAUUUUACAGCGAACUUUGUCAAAAGAGCAAACUUCCAGAUUCUGUCCUUAGCAUCAUCUAUGAAUUGCUUGGAGUUGUUGCAGAGGUUCACCCUAGUGAGAUGGUCAACUACUCUGACAAACUUUACAAAGCGUAUCGGGGGGAGCUCAAAGAACAGAUGACUUCUACAACAAAGCAACCCAAACUUGGUGUAGUUGCUGGAUGUUUGAAAGGACUCAAUGCUCUCAUGGUUAAUUUCACUAAAACAAUGGAGGAAGAUCCAGUUAUAUCCAAUGAAAUCUUUCAAUAUGGUUUGAAGGCAAUUAAUCCACAGAUGGAAAUGAGUCGCUAUGCCGUCACUUUUGCCGGGCUGAGAUUGUUUGCCAGGCAUGCGUCCCAGUUCAGCAGCUGCCUCCUAACCCAUUACAGAGAGGUUUUUGAUGCCAUGUCCAAGCUCUGUGGUCACUAUAACGCUGAGAUGAAAAAGACCAGUUACUAUGCACUCGAAGCCUUCCUCAAGCAGGUUUCAGUGCUUGUAGCGGAAAAUAUUGAGGAGCACAAAAGCAAGUUGAAGUUCUUCAUGCAAAAGUUCUGCAGUAUUAUUAAAACCAUGGAGUCAACCCAGAAAGAACUGUCCAUUGCCAUCCGCGGAUAUGGAUUUUUUGCAGCUCCAUGCAAGAAGGUUUGCCCACAAGAUGUGGAAUUCAUGUACACAGAGCUGAUUCAACGCUGUAAACAGAUGUACCUGACUGAGUCUGAUGGGGAGGAUGAAAAUUUCUACCAACUGCCUAGCUUCCUAGACUCCAUUGCUAGUGUCCUGAUUCACCUGGACAAGGUUCCAGAGGUGUACACUCCACUACUGGAACGUCUUCUCGUGGUGCAGAUUGACAGCUACCCCCAGUACAGUGACAAAGUCCAAAUAGCUUGUUGCAAAUCAGUCAUCAAAGUGUUGGUGGCAAUGGCCUCCAAAGGACCUGUUCUAUGGAGUUUCAUUAGCUCUGUGGUGCACCAAGGAUUGAUUCGAGUCUGUUCCAAGCCAAUCAUGGUCCCCGAUGUAAAAUCUGAAAACUAUUCGUCGGGCUCAUCUGACGUUCGUAUUGGGAAGUGGAAGGUUCCAUCCAGUAAGAAUUACCUUGCCCUGUACAAAGAUCUGCUCGACUGUCAUCGGCUGACGGAUUCAGGAUUUUUGGAUGGAGCUUAUGAAGGUCACAAUGCUGCUCUUGUGUCCUUGAGUCACAUUCUUUAUGAUGAGCUUGUCAAAUCACUUCUUCAGAUCAUCGAGAAAUUAGACUUGUCUUUGCAAAAAGUCACACCUGGAGAGGAAGCUGCUGAUGACAUGUCUCAUGUUGUGCCUUCCUCUGACCCCACCGCUCAUCUUUUGCCCAAUAAGUUGAAAGACUUUACAGCCUUUAUUAAUUUAGUCGACUUUUGCAGUGAGCUUUUGCUUUAUAAGCAUGUGGACUAUUUCCAGACUUGGAUGUACCCAUUCAGCCACAAAAUUAUCCUCCAUUCGAUCCGAAACCCACUUGUUAGUGGUUUUUACAAGUUGCUGUCCGUCACAAUGAAAAUUGCCAAGAAAAUAAAGUAUUACCAGGGAGUUGACCUCAGAAGCUCAACUUCAACUCAAGUUGAUACGGUUAGGAGUGCUUGUUUUGCUCUCCUCUCAAAGUUUGGAAAAGAGGUCUGUGUGAGAAUGAAGCAAUAUAAAGACGAGCUGCUGGCAUCCUGCUUGACAUUUGUCCUCUCACUGCACCACAACAUUGUUGCUGUGGACAUCAAGGUGUACUGUCCUGCUUUAGAGGCAGCUCUGAAGUUGGGCCUUAGUCAUAUUCCUUUGGCAAAUGCAGCCCUUGAUGCUCUGGAGGACUGGUCCAGGCACAUCCCAUUGGAGAGCAUGCAGCAUUGCUACAAGCUCGUCCUCCCUCUUCUGGAUGGAUACCUCAAAAGCAACUCCAGUGACAACCAAGAAGAUAGUGUGUGGGAAGUGAUGUCCUCUUCCUCCUCAAGAAGUAACAUUGGAUACAGCCGAGUGAUGACAAGACUCUUGAAGAAAUUCAACCAGCUUGCCAUGGAGGAUGCUCCUCUUUCCAUGGUCAGACUCAGGGUCGUGAAGUUGCUUGGUCACUUGGGUGGGAAACUCAACAGAAACCUUAUAACAGUGGUCUCAUCAGAGGAGAUGAUGAAGAAGUUUGUUGCCUGGGACACUGAGAAGAGGCUCAGCUUUGCUGUGCCAUUCACCGAUAUGAAGCCAGUCAUCUAUCUUGACCCUUUCCUGCCUCGGAUUAGCGAACUGGCUUUGUCCACAAGUGACAGACAAACCAAAGUUGCAGCUUGUGAGCUACUCCACAGCUUGGUCCUCUACAUGGUUGGGAAGAGUGCACAAAUGGUGGAAGGAGAGAACCGUUUACCACCCAUGUACAAGCUCCAUAAAAGACUCUUUCCUGUGCUGUUGCGUCUAGCCUGUGAUGUUGAUCAGGUGACAAGGCAGCUCUUUGAACCACUUGUUAUGCAACUAAUCCACUGGUUUACAAACAACAAGAAGUUUGAGAGUCAAGACACUGUAGCUGUGCUUGAAGCCAUUCUAGAUGGUGUUGUUGACUCCAAGGACAGCACUCUGAGGGAUUUCUCUGGCCGCUGCAUCGAAGAGUUUGUCAAAUGGUCCAUCAAACAAACCAGUCCCAAGCAGCAAGAGAAGAGCCCUACAAACAUGAAGUCACUGUUUAAGAGAAUCUACAGCUUGGCUCUCCAUCCCAAUGGCUUCAAAAGGCUAGGUGCAGCUUUAACCUUCAAUAGUAUCUACAGGCAAUUCAGGGAGGAAAAUUCCUUAGUGGAGCAAUUCAUCUUCGAAAUACUUGUUAUUUUUGUCGAGAGCCUGGCCCUAGCACACACAGAUGAGCGAUCAAUGGGUACACAGCAGCAGUGUAGCAGCGCUAUUGAUCACCUUAAACGGAUCAUCAAGUACAAGGCCCCUGUUCUUAAUCAGCACAGUGCUAAGAGACGCAUCCCAAGGGGAUUUCUACCUGAGGAAAAGCUGUGCCUGUCAGACUUUGUUUUAUGGCUUCUGGAACAAUGUGGUCGACCUCAGACUGAGUGUCGUCACAAAUGCUUGGAACUCUUCUAUGAAUUUGUGCCUCUCCUUCCAGGAAAUAAGUCUCCACCACAAUGGCUGGAGGGUGUGCUAAAUGACCGUGGCAUGGUUUUCCUGGUCUCAAAGUUUGAAGGUGGAGGUCUGCUCUCCCAACCGACUCUCAAGAACUUGGCCGGCCCAUUUAGCACAAGAGCUGCUCUGCAGUGGAUGGACCUUCUGCUGGCUGCUCUCGACUGCUACAACACCUUUAUCAGCCUGCAUAUCAUUAAACCUAAUCACAUGCUUAAUUCCAGGGAAGAAUCAAGGUUUCUGCAAGCUGUACAUUUCUUUUUGACUGAGCUUGCGACCCAAGAGCUGGCUGCAGCGGAGAGCUGCUUCCAUCAUGGUCAGAAGAACUCCCAGUUCAGUCCGAUAGAGGUGGACCAGUACAACUACAGCAAAUGUACAAUCAUUGUUCGUCUGCUGGAGUUUACCACCAUGGUCCUUGUCAAAGGAGACAAGGACUUUUGCAAGCUUCUGGAACAAGUUAUUUUCAUCCCCAUAUUUUUUGAGAUGACUGCCAUGGUGGUGUGUGAGCCAUCUUCUGUGGGUUUCAACAUGGCAGAUGUGGAUAUAAUAAAGAACCUACCCGAAGUAUGCAUUCCUCUUCUCAAAGCCCUGCUGGCCUCACCAUACCGUGCUCAUCUGGAAUGUAGCAUGAAGAAGAGAAUCUCUGAUAAAAGUGUUGAGGCACUAUGUACUGUAGACUUCUACCAGUCUGGGCACCAUGGACACCAUGAAAUGGUUCUGUCGUCUUGCAAGCAGAUUCACAAAGCUGGCUUCCUUGACUCCAUUCUGCAGAGCCAAAAUGCAGAUCCUGCCAAAUCACUACUGAUGACUGUAUAUAAUGGUAUAGCACCCGGUGACAGGAAGACACUUCCAUCUCUGGAUGUAAAUACCAAGAAGCUAGCUGAGGGCCUGCUUCAGCUUGCUUUUUCUCUCAGUCAAAUGGGUGAGCAGCUGCUGGACAUACUGCUGUCGGGAAGUCAGAGUUUCUUAAGCUACACCCAUGCCGAAUAUUUCUAUAGUCUCUUCCCGACGGCCAUUAACACUGAGCUGCUUCGAAACAUGAAUACUACAGUACCUCGUCUCAUGAUGGCCUCCUCUCUCAACCCCAGCAUGGUCAGCGUGUUGUUGAAUGGCAUGCUGGAUCACAGUUUUCGAGAGCGUGCUUAUCGCAAAAAUCAGGGAAAACAGCUGGUGGAGGAAGUGCUAAGAGGAUGGCAUAGACUUCAGUCAUGGUGGGGUGGACACGCUUCAAAUGCAGAGAGUAAAACUGCUACACUCCUGUUACUCUCGAAAGUUCUACAGAUUGAUUCAUCUGUGUGCUCCAAUGUCAACCACGAAGAGUUCAAACCUGUGUUUUCGACUUUUACCACACUUCUGGUGGAUGUGUCUCUACCACUUAAUCUCAAGAGUCAAGCCCUGCUGGUAUUGCCUUUCUUUACAACCCUUCCGGAGGAGCCACUGGCUGAGCUGGAGAAAGCACUUGAAUCCAUGGUGGCCACCCACUUUCCUAUGGAGUCUGAUGAAUUUGCAAAGGGGUCCCUUCACCGCAACAACUACAUGGACUGUAUUAGAAAGUUGCUUGAUGCCCUUGAAAUUUCUCAGAGCCCACUUCUACUCAAACUACUGGCUGGAGUUCUUUGUCGAGACAAAAAGCAUAUAAUGGAGGAGCAAUUUCAAACAUGCUUUCAAAGAACUGCUAAACGGCCAAGUAGUGAACGGCAGUUAAAGCUGCUGAGUACAGUAUAUGGAGUGAUCCAGCAGGGUGAUGUGCCAAGAAGCAGUGUGCUUCAAGGCAUGAUGGAGAGAGUUCUGCUACCUCUCGCCUGUCACUGUAGCACCAAGGCACUCAUUGACUUCUUUGUGGCAAAUGUUAAGGACAUCAUGGCCUUGCUUCUCAGUCGCUUCACCAAGGCAAGUGAAUCAGCAUUUGAGAUGCAGUUGUUAAAGAAGAAUGGCUGCUUCAAGCUGAUGGAACUCCUGUACUCCCGGCUACCCAAAGAGGAAGUUUAUUCUAAGGAAUCACGCAUCAAUUCAGCUUUCUGUGGUGCAGACAAUACAGAAGGGAACGAGCUGUCUAAGAAAUUACUCAAAACAUGUUUUGAAACAUUCACUGAAAACAUGGCUGGCGAGACUCAGUUCCUUGAGCUCAGGAGACAGUUCCACUGUGCUGCAUAUAACUGCGCCAUCGCUGCCAUCAGCUGCAGCUUUAAUGAGCUCAAAUUUUAUAAUGGAUUCCUCUUCAGUGAUAAACCGGAAAAGAACCAAUUCAUUUUGGAAAAUAUCAUUGACAUUGAAAGGAUGUACAACUUCCCGGUUGUCAUUGAGGUCCCUCUCGAGAGAAAGAAAAAAUAUACUAUGAUACGAAAAGAAGUGAGCGAAGAGAACGGAGAGGCACCAGUAUAUUUGUCCUCCCAGUCCUACAUGGCUGACAGCAGUCUGAGCGAAGAGAUGAGUCAGUUUGAUUUCUCCACUGGCGUUCAAAGCUUUUCCUACAGCUCUCAGAAACCUGCAGAAGAGAAACGCACUGUAACAAAAGUGAACGAGGAGGCACCUUAUUCCCCAGAAGCAGCAGUAGACCUGGAAAUGGAUGAGCUAAAUCAGCAUGAAUGUAUGGCAAACAUGACGGCGCUCAUCGGUCAUAUGCAAAGGAACAACAUAACUCCCAAAAUUGAACAGGGUAUUGUGCCUAGUGACCUUCCUCCGUGGAUGAAAUUUCUACAUGGAAAGCUGAUUAAUACAGCCACACCGCUGAAUAUAAGGCUUUUCAUUUCAAAGCUAAUCAUCAACACAGAGGAGGUCUUCAGACCAUAUGCCAAGCACUGGCUGGGGCCUCUUCUUCAGCUUGUUGUAUCCGGAAGCAACGGAGGAGAGGGCAUCCAUUUUAUGGUUGUGGAUAUUGUGGUUACUGUACUGUCUUGGACAAGCGUAGCAAGACCCAAGGGUAACGUCAAGGAUGAGGUGCUCGCUAAUCGGCUGUUAGAGUUCCUGAUGAAGCAUAGCUUUCAUCAAAAAAGAUCUGUGUUUCGUCAUAAUCUGGAAAUCAUCCGCACGCUGGUAGAGUGCUGGAAAGACUGCCUCUAUGUGCCUCACAGUCUGAUAUAUGAGCGCUUCUGUGGCACGGACCCAGAAAGUAAAGACAACUCUAUUGGACUUCAAUUGCUUGGAAUCAUCCUAGCCAACAACCUCUCUGCUUAUGAUGCCUCCUGUGGGAUUCAGUAUGAUAGGUACAUAAAGUCCCUCACCAACAACCUUACUUUUGUAAAGUAUAAAGAAGUCUAUUCUGCCGCUGCUGAGAUCAUUGGGCUUAUGCUGAAGAACAUGACUGGCGUUGAAAAUCAUCACCAAGAACUUUUCGAUCUUGCUGCAAAUCAGAUCACAAACCUGAAGAAAAAAGAGAUGAAUGACAAGUUCAUUAUUUGCAUGAGCAAAGUUUCAACGCAUUUUCCUCCAUUCAUGGAUAGGUUUGUCAAUCCUGUGUUCUACCAGCUGCCAAAAAUGCACGGCCUACUAAAAAUGAACUGUUUGGAGUGCGUGUUGAGUCGUGCUGAUGUCAUCCCGGAUAUUUUUUUGCAGCUUAAGACCACAGGAUUUAUUCAGAUUUUGAGCCAUAGGGAUGAAGCAGUGCAGAGAGUGUGUCUGGAAAUCAUUCACAAAAUUCUUGCUCGCCUGACUCCGCCUCAACUUCAGGAGUUCCUUGGAGCUGUGACAGCGUUUGUCUCCCACCCAUCACCGGUGUGCCGAGAGAAAAUGUAUGACAUCCUCAUGUGGAUCCAGGACAACUACAAUGAUGAAGAGAGCAUGUCUGACAACAUAUCGCUGGAAGUUUUGAAUACAGCAAAAGACGCGCUACUUCAAGGAUUGUCUGAGGAGAACCAGGGCCUUCAGCUGUAUGUCCGUAAUUUCUGGAGUCAGGAGAAGCGACUUCCAAAGACAACUCUAGAGCGAAUGAUGACCGUGCUUAAUUCAUUGUAUACAUGCCAAAUCGAGAGAUGCUUCUUAAGCUUGGCUACCAAUCUGCUGUUGGAAAUGACCAGUCAGAGUCCUGAUUUUAAACGAAACAUCUUUGAGUAUCCUCUUUCGGAAUGCACCUUCCAGGAUUAUUUGAUUGAUUCUAACUGGCGCUUCAGGAAUACGGUGAUGACUCCAAUGUUUAUUGAAACACAAAGCUCCCAAAAUCCUGAGAGCGUGUCACAGUCCCAAUCAGGAGAUAUGAAAGGGAAGCUUCGAGCAACUCAAACCUCACUUCAGUUUACCCAAACUCAAACAGCAGGUCGACACACAGCAUAUAACUGGCUUACUGGCAGCAGUGUGGACUCAUUUGCUGACUAUACAGUGUCCGAGUCACUGUCCUCCUUGAUUGUGUUUGAAAAGAAAGCAUUAAGGGAAAAUCGAGGAUGGCGAGCAGUUGGAGAAGGCUUUGGUCAACGCCGCCUCACUGCGUCAACAGACGAAGUGGACAGUAAGGCAAAUGCAGAGAAUGAGAACCGUAAGAAAAUCCUUCAAUUGAGACGCAGAUUUCUCAAGAACCAGGAUGAAAGCCUGAUUUUUGCACAAAAAGAAAUCCAAAAACAAAAACGUCUGAAGGAGCAAAAAGCUGACCAAAGACUGCGAAAGGAGGCUCAGGUGACUCUGUAUCGCAACUACAGAGUGGGAGACUUUCCAGAUGUCCAAAUCCCAUACAGUAGCCUUAUUGCUCCCCUUCAAGCGGUUGCACAGAGGGAUCCAAUUCUGGCCAAACAACUGUUCAGUUCACUGUUUACCGGCAUCCUUCAAGAAAUGGAAACACAGAAACCCAGGCAGCAAGCGAUUGAAAUCAAAGAGGACCUUCGUUGCACUUUGAAUAAAUUCCUUGACAAGAGUACACUCUGCUUCCCACCAUUUAUAGCAUGUGUGCAGGACAUGUGCUAUCGGCAUAAAGACCUGCUGCAUAUUGAUCCAUCGCUCAUCAGCUCCACAUGCCUUGCAAGUCUCCAGCAGCCAUCAGGGGUCCUACUACUGGAAGAAGGUCUGCUGCACGUUGGCAUCCAGGAUGAACCUCCUGCCAAAAGGUCACGGGGGCGCAAAGAAAUCCCUCCAGAUACCAAAAAAUGGGUUCACCUUGCAAGGCUUUACAGAGAUUUGGAGGAUUAUGAUGUCGUACGUGGCAUCUUUGCCGGUAAAGUUGGGACUAAGCCAAUCACCAGUGCUGCUCUUCAAGCUGAAGCCAGCACUGACUUUGCAGAAGCUGCAAAGCUCUACGAUGAGGCUCUUAACACAAAAGACUGGACUGAUGGCGAGCCCACCGAGUCUGAGAAGGACUUUUGGGAAAUAGCUGCAAUGGAAGCCUAUAAUCAUUUAACUGAAUGGAAAUCUCUUCAGUACUGUUCCACGUUUUACAUCAAUGAAAAUAGCCCAUCCAGCCUUGAGAACAUGUGGCUAGAGCCUCUCUACAAGGAAAUGUACCUACCGCACAUGAUCCGAAGCAUGCUAAAGCUUCUGCAGUUAGGUGAGCAAGACCAAAGUCUUCUCGGCUUCAUAGACCAAGCCAUGAAGGUGGAGGAGCGUAAAAAGCUACUGGAGAGUCAUUACAGCCAAGAACUCGGCUUACUUUACAUCCUGCAAGAGGACUAUGAUCGUGCUAAGUACUACACCAACUCUGCCAUGCAGCUUUUUGUGGAGAGUUACUCAAGCGUCGACACACUGCUGACUCAAAGUCGUCUUACCAUUCUGCAGUCUGUUCAGGCCUUGACUGAAAUCCAGGACUUCCUGCAGUUUAUCAAAGGAGAAGUGUCUGUGAGAUCCCUCAAGCAACUCAUCAGUACAUGGACUGAGCGAUAUCCUGAUGCUAAAAUGGAUCCGGUGAACAUCUGGGAUGAUAUAAUUACAUCUCGAUGUUUCUUCCUGGACAAAAUCAGACAAAAGCUUCAAAGCCAUCCAGACACCAACAGCAUGGAUUUGGAUGAUGAAGACGCAGCAGAAGACGUUAACACUUUAGUUAACAAUUGCAAGUUCAACAUGAAGCUGCACAUGGCUGAUAGCGCCAGGAAACAGAAUAACUUUUCUGUGGCCACCAAACUGAUGAAAGAACUUCACAAAGAUGCCAAAACAAACAAAAAAUGGCUGCUGCCGUGGGUCCACAGUUUUAGUCGUUACAGCCAUAAACGAAGCCAAACUCAGGGUCCUUUGGAGCAAGUCAGUAUCAUGUUGAAGACUGUCCCACUUUUGGAGGACAUUGAGGUUGACUGCCAAAGUCCUGAAGUGUAUAGACAUCAAAAGAUCCUUCAAGGAACAUCUUUCAACAUCUUGGCCAUGGCUGUACGCAGAAGUCCUUCAGUUCUGGAAACUAUUGAAGCGGACAAAGCAGAGAAAGUUGUCAGACUUUCACAAAGUGCUUGGCCUAUUCAAGAUCUGAAGGAAGUAGAAGAGGGAUUACAGUUGCGAGCACUGACACUAAUGCGUGAUGCCACCAGAAAGGCUGAUGAGGAGUUGCAGACUUAUAAAGGGGAUUGUGUGGAAACCAGCAGCAUUGUGGAAACAUACAUGUGUUUAGCUGAUUUCUGUGACAAACUGCUGCGUCAGGAGGAUCAGGGUUGCACAGAAAAUCAAUUUCCAGACCUCUUGACACUGCCAGUUUAUGUCGUGGAAAGCAUGUUGAAAGCCCUUGUGAUGAACUCUGAGGACGCGCGGCUCAAGUUCCCUCGUCUACUUCAGAUCAUUGAGUUGUAUCCUUCUGAGACAUUGGACUUGAUGACAAACAAGAUGGCAUCGGUCCCCUGCUGGAUGCUGAUUGGUUGGAUUAGUCAGAUGGUGGCUCUAUUGGACAAACCUCAAGCUGUGGCUGUGCAGCACUGCAUCGAGCAGAUAGCAGAAUGUUACCCUCAAGCUCUGGUUUACGCUUUAAUGAUCAGUAGUGAAAGUUAUCACUUUGAGGAAUCGGCUACUGGACAUCGACAGCAGGAAUUCGUUAAGAGGAUGAAUAGCAUGCUUGAUAAAGGAGGAGCUGCGAAGAACUUUGUGGAUGCGCUGCAACAGCUGACAAAUCCUGAUAUGAUUUUUAGGGAUUGGUGGGAAAAUGUGAAAAACCAAUUGGAAAAGAAGGACUUUGACAACAAGAAAAUGGAGCACAUGUACAACGAAUUGUACUCCUUACUCGGGGAUAACAAUAAAGAUGGUCACGGGAUGUUUCGCAAGAGAUUUAUCAAAGAAUUUGCUAAAAAAGUGGAGGAUUUGCUUGGAAGUAAAGGCAGUGAGCUGUUUAAGAAGAGAAGAGACCAAAGCUUUAUAAAAAAGGUGGAAGAUUUGGCAGCGUCCAUGAAGAAAGUAUCGAAGGAACCUGGGAAUCUGAAGGAAUACUCACCCUGGCUGAGUGCAUUUCAGCCAGACCCAUUCAGAAAUGAGCUGGAGAUCCCAGGUCAAUAUGAUGGCAGAUCCAAACCUUUGCCAGAAUACCACGCCAAGAUUUCUGGAUUUGAUGAGAGGGUAAAGGUAAUGUCUUCCAUUCGCCGUCCCAAACGUCUGAUCAUCCGUGGCGACGACGAGCGUGACCACCCAUUCCUGGUGAAGGGCGGCGAAGACCUUAGACAGGAUCAACGCAUUGAGCAGCUUUUUACCGUCAUGAACAUUUUGCUGAGUCACGAUGCCUCUUGCGCUCGCAGAGGCCUGCAGCUCCGCACAUACCAAGUGAUUCCCAUCAAUACGAGAAUUGGACUAAUUGAAUGGAUGGAAAACACGUGUACCUUGAAGGAGUUUCUGUACACCACGAUGACAGAAGAGGAGAAACUCAAUACAGAGAACUGUUGUGCCAUCUACAGUAAAUGGAUGUCCACCUUUUCCACAAAACCAGGCGAGCAUAUCAUGAAACUUUAUCCCCUAGCUUACAGAAAAGCAAAACGCGCCGAUGCCAUCAACACCUUUUCCAAAGUUCUGCAGUGCGUGCCUGCAGAUCUUCUCAAGAGAGCUUUCCUAAAGAUGUGCAACAGUCCCGAGGCCUUUCUCUCCCUGCGCUCACACUUCAUCAGCUCUCACGCGUUACUGUGCAUUAGCCAUUGGGUGCUCGGCAUCGGGGACCGCCAUCUCUCCAACUUCAUGAUUAACACAGAAACAGGAGGCAUGAUUGGCAUUGACUUUGGUCACGCGUUUGGGUCAGCCACACAGUUCCUUGCAGUCCCUGAGCUCAUGCCUUUCCGGCUGACCAGACAGUUUGUGAAUCUGAUGCAACCACUGAAGGAGUCUGGUUUGAUCCAGAGUGUCAUGGUGCACUCUCUCCGAGCAUACAGAAACGAGCCGGACCUGCUGCUCAACACCAUGGAUGUGUUUGUCAAGGAACCGUCACUAGACUGGAAGAACUUUGAAUUGAAGCAAUUGAAGAAAGGAGGUACAUGGAAGGAGAGCGUGGAUACCAAAGAAAUCAACUGGUAUCCUUUACAGAGGGUGAACUUCGCAAGACAAAAACUAGAGGGUGCAAAUCCUGCUGCUAUAACCAGUGAGGAGCUAAAACUGGGCUUUGAAAAGGACCCGGCUUUCCAGGGAAUGCAGUCGGUCGCUUUGGGGACACCGGAGUACAACAUCCGUGCAAGGGAACCGUCCUCGGGUCUGUCCGUGGAAAAACAGGUGGACUGUCUACUCGACCAAGCUACGGACGCGAACGUGCUUGCCAGAGUGUGGAUUGGUUGGGAGCCCUGGUUCUAA